AACACGAGGACGAAGCUCAUGAUUAACAAAGUGCCUAUAAGAUUGUAUCAAAUAAAUGGAAUUAAAUACUCUCUAUUUUCAAUUAUACAAUUUUAAAUCCAUUAUUCUGUAGAAACCUAAAAUACCAUUUUUCGUUUCCGAUUAAAAACGUAUCGAAUUUCCAGUUAUACAACUACUGCGCUGCGCUAUAUAUUACGUAUGAAAAUCCUGCGAAACAUUCAGAAGUUGGAAAUCGUUGCGAAAUCCCUUGAAUCUGUCGCGACGUCUCCCUUCUGCCGGUACGAAAAUUUCUGCGGAAGUGGGAGGAAUCGGAUAAAGCAGCCUCUACUGAAGUUUACACAACAAACGAUCGGCAUCGAUACCGAUGAAUCUGGUUGAAUAUUUGGGAGGCAUGUGGCAAGAAUCGAUCCUUGCACUGCUGCUCCUCGCUUGUUGCGGUUCGCUCGAGGCUCGCGCCGAGGAUGACGUCGUCACCGUCGAAUCGCUGCGUCGAGACGUCCGAGCACCGUUCGCCACCGAGGUCGACGAUUUGCUCGGCGCGGGAAACUCCCCUGGGACGCAGCAAGCAAAUAAAAAGGAGAACGCGUCCGGCAAAUCAGACGAGGGAGGAUACUACAAGACGUACGGGAGCGACGCCGAGGGUGAGAAGGGUUACUUGAAGGCAACCUACGGCAAGGGCAAUCACGGUUAUAAGACCCUCGACACCUUCCACAAGCAGGACGGCGACAAGUACGCGUUCGAGGAGCACACCGCCUACGGCAAAGCGCGCGGUGACAAGAAAAGUAGCCACAACGACGAGGCUGGAUCUCGUUCCGAGAAACACGGUGAUCACGAGGGCGCAGGUACCAUCGUCGAUACCCAUUAUGCAGCCGAUGAGGGUGAACAUUAUGACGGCGCUGAAGCGGACGAUCACGACAGCUAUACUCACGCAGGCGGCGAUCACUAUACGGGUCAUGGACCAGAAUCUUCGAGCCAGGGACACAGCGAGAGUUACAGCGACGGCGACGGCAGUUCUUACAGCAGCCACAGCUCGUACUCGAAGAGCUCUGGCGACGAAGACGGCGGAGGCCAUUACUAUUAA